UGAUAAGACACAGAAAUGAAAUGAUCGAAGACCGUUUGAUCACUGUGUGAAUCCCAGCGAUUUUUUCUUCACAUUCUAUCUCUCACUUCUCGUUCUGAAAAAAUCACACGGUUAGUUCUUAAUCAGCAUCUCAAGAUGAAACAAGUGUUGUUGAUUGUACUGGUUUACUUCAUUCGCGGAACUCUUUGCAUGAAUGGUGGAAAGUUUUCGGUUCCAGAUGUGCUUUUCGAGUACUUAACGCCGAAAGGAUUCCGAGCUAGUAUUCCAGAUACGCCCGGCAUCAAACUGUUUGCGUUUCAUGCUCGCGUAAACAGUCCAUUCAGUGGGUUCGAAGAAGGCGACUUUACUCAGGAUGUAUCCGCUCCGGAAAAUGGUCAUUGGGUGUUUGAAACCACGAAAGCCAACGUCAAAGAGGGACAAUCCAUCUACUAUUGGUUCUAUGUCCAGCAUAAUGAUAAAGCUUAUUGGGUAGCAGACAAGAAGCAUAUAGUUCGGAAGAAUAUGCCUGCAACCACAACAACCACUACCACAACUACUGAGAAGCCAAAAACUACUAAAACUAAAACGACAAAAACAACCACUACUACGGCGCCACCGUGUAUGUCGACCGUUACCACCGUGAAUGGGGGAUCCACCUGUGCAGGGAACUUGAUUUUCGAGGACACAUUUCAAACGUUGGAUUUGAGUAAAUGGCAACGUGAAGUCCGGAUUCCGCUUGAUACCGAGUCGGCAGAGUUUGUAUCUUAUCAAGCAUCGCCGGAGAACAGUUAUGUUGCCGGUGGGCAUCUUUUCAUCGUCCCAACGUUGCUCAACAUGGAUCCCACUUUUAACGAUGAGCGAAUUCGAACCGGGGAGCUGAUUCUACAAGGAUGCACAUCACCCACCAACAAUGAACACGAAUGUCGCCGGCAGGCUGCACUCUCCAGUAUCCUUCCGCCGGUCGUUUCGGCGAAACUGAACACCAAAAGUAGCUUCCGUUUCCAGUACGGUCGAGUGGAGAUUCGCGCCAAGCUGCCCAAAGGGGAUUGGAUUUUUCCACAUAUGCUCCUGCAGCCGGCGGAAAACUACUACGGUUAUGCUGAUAUCGGCUCGGGCAUGCUGGUGGUGGCACAUCUGCUAUCCAACGAAGAACUGAUCAGUCGUGAAGGUAUUCAAAUCGAUGGACAUCGGCUACGAGGUGGUGCUAUCAUUACCAAUCGGGCCAAACUGAGGGAGGCUUUCCUGAAGGCAAACGUGCUGGACGAACAUUUCAGUGACGGUUUCCACGUCUAUGGUCUGACCUGGAAACCGGAUGGUAUCAUCCUAUCCGUGGACGGAUUUCAAUAUGCAACCUUGAAGGGAAAGUUUAAGGAUUAUGGACUUGGUAACGGGCUCUCGCAGGCUAAUCUAUGGAAUGCGGAAAACGCAUUGUCACCGUUCGAUCGAGAGUUUUACAUCUCUCUCGGCGUGGGCGUUGGUGGGGUGACUGAUUUCCCAGAUUUCUGUAGAACAGGAACACUGGGAGCGCAAAAGCCAUGGAAUAACACCAGCCCCAAAGCUGAGUAUCAUUUCUACCAAAAUAGGAACACUUGGUUCCGCACUUGGACGAAUCCCGAACUAAUCGUUGAUUACGUGCGUGUAUAUGCGUUGUAAAAUACUCAGAUCUAAUUAUGAAAUACAAGUUUUCAUUCAUCAUA